CUGAUGCUAAGUGAAAUGAGCAGAACUGCUCUUUGGCAGUUGCCUCCUCAUCAGGAACUACUUAUCACCGAAAGACUCUCUCCACCAAACAAGCACUAUCGUUUUCAAGCACUUACUGCAGAGCAGAAGAAAGAGCUCUCAGACCUUGCCAAACGCAUUGUUGCCGAUGGCAAGGGGAUCCUGGCUGCAGAUAAGUCUGUAGGUACCAUGGGCAAUUGCCUGCAGAGAAUCAAGGUAGAGAACACAGAAGAAAACCGCUGUCAAUUCCGAGAAAUUCUCUUCUCCGUCGACAAAUCCAUCAACCAGAGCAUUGGGGGUGUGAUCCUUUUCCAUGAAACUCUCUAUCAGAAAGACAGCCAAGGAAAGUGGUUCAGAGAUAUCCUCAAGGAAAAGGGGAUUGUGGUGGGAAUCAAGCUAGACCAAGGUGCUGCUCCCCUGGCAGGAACAAAUCAAGAAACCACCAUUCAAGGCUUGGAUGGACUCUCUCAGUGCUGUGCCCAGUACAAGAAGGAUGGUGCUGACUUUGGGAAGUGGCGGGCUGUGCUGAAGAUCGCUGACCAGUGUCCUUCCAACCUGGCCAUUCAAGAAAAUGCCAACGCGCUGGCCCGCUAUGCCAGUAUCUGCCAGCAGAAUGGGCUGGUGCCCAUUGUGGAGCCUGAAGUCAUCCCCGAUGGAGAUCACGAUAUUGAACAUUGCCAGUAUGUCUCUGAAAAGGUACUGGCCGCUGUCUACAAGGCCCUGAAUGACCACCAUGUCUACUUGGAGGGGACUCUCCUGAAGCCCAACAUGGUGACAGCUGGACAUGCCUGCACCAAGAAGUACACCCCUGAACAGGUGGCUAUGGCUACUGUCACCACCCUCCACCGAACAGUGCCUGCUGCUGUUCCAGGCAUCUGCUUUCUAUCUGGAGGCAUGAGUGAGGAAGAUGCCACUCUUAAUUUAAAUGCCAUCAACCUUUGCCCACUGCCCAAGCCCUGGAAGCUGAGUUUCUCCUAUGGGCAGGCCCUGCAGGCCAGUGCACUUGAUGCCUGGAGGGGCAAAGCUGCAAACAAGAAGGCCACGCAGGAGGCAUUUGUGAAGCGAGCUCAGGCAAACAACCAGGAAACCAAAGGGCAGUACGUUCAUUCAGGCACAUCUAGUUCUGCCUCCAGCCAGUCUCUUUUCACUCCCUGCUACACCUACUAGUGUCCUAGGAAUCUCUCCCCCACCAAUGGCUCAGAUCCUUUUUGCUUGUCUUUAGACUACUGAGAAGUAAAUAUAUUUCAACUCAAAAAAAAAAAAAAGAAA